CGUUUCUGUGGAGAGUUUCGAACACGGCCACUAUCUCUCUGUCCGUCGGUAUUUCCGUGCCCGCCGUGCCGUGAUUUUUCCUUUUACGCACCCGAUGCAGUGACACGAAUGCCGCCCGUGGCGCAGUAUCAGUCCCAUUUGGAACGCCGGGCCGCCGGGCACGCGAUGGAUCCCGAAUUCGUUCGAUUCAUCAAAUUCAACGGUUACCUUCUGGCGACGUUGAUUUGCUAUCACACGUUCGUGCAAGCGUUCGGAUUGCCGCCCCGGCUCCAGCAGUGGUACCAGUGCCCCGGCGGACAAAGUUGGUUCGGCCGUGAUCAUCCCGUUGUCGAUGGGGUGUUGCUGUUGUGUUGGAUCACCGCCGUAGCCUCGCUUUAUCAGGCACUCAAACUGGAAGUGGUAGCGAUGCUGCGCCCGAUCGGUUACUUGCUGUCGCUAAAAGUGCUGCUCGUGGUGGUGCAGGACAUGGUCAGCACCUGGAACGAUGAUGCCGAGGAGCGCUAUCUACGCAACGCGCAGGACGUUCUCGCGUGGUCCGCGUUUCUGGUGUACUUCUACUACACACUGUACACACUGAAGCACCUCUUCCGGCGGCAGGAUCACCGACAGCCCGGGCUACAAUCAAUCGAAACACUGGCAUCAUCGGUGGAGGUGAAACCCUGCUAUUCGCCGAUGCCAGCCGUCUAGCGGUGGGUGUCCCCGCUGAGGCUUUCCCACGCUCUCCCCCAUUAUGUUGCCAAAAGCGGUGACCUUCCCGAAGCGAAAGACGGGUCCAUUACUGGGUGACCUUGUACCGGUGCUGCCUGUGAGCAGCUUGUUGGCGUCGUUAGAUAAUGAUGAUGUAAAAUCGAUAGAUAAGUGAGGCCAAAACGGUUGUGCGCCAGAGUGAAGUGUGUGCCAUUGAAGAAGUUCAAAUUCGCCGUACCGACAUCGCGACCUUUAUCGCUGGGGUCCCGCGAUGUUUGUCAAUCAUGUUUGUUUCAGUGUCCUGUUCCUAUCGGCGGCUGACAGGUGAUUGACUUUAAUGUGUCAAGGUGCCAAAAACCGUGGGUGCGCAAUUUUUGCCCAAUUUUGAUACCUUAUUUGAUACGCGGGUCGAUCCGCGGGUCGGGCAGGACAAAUGUGCGGAUGACUUCACGCGGUCGGUGAUGCGCUACUUAAUCGGACCCCCGGGGUUUGUGGAACGCUUAAGAGAACCGGUUUUUUUGGGUGAAAUUCUUUAACUCGAAUAAAGGUCGGCGGAUGUUUUUAAACACAAGAUAAA